AGAUAACUGUAGACAAGCGCUUCUUGUAGCCAUCAAUGAGCUUGCUGCACCUUUCUACUGACAAUUUGGCUCACUUUUCAGCCGUAAACGGCUAUAAUUGUUUAAUAUUGGAGGGAUGCCCUCCAUCAACGGCUGUUUUUAGAUCUUGCCAUAGGUUUUUGAGGUGAUUCAGAUCUGGACUCUGCUGGCCACUCCAGAACAUUCCAGCCUCUCUUCUUAACCAUUCCUGGUUGCUUGUGUGUGUGUGUGUGUGUGUGUGUGUGUGUGUUUGGGGUUGUUGUCCUGCUGGAAGACCCAUAACAAUCCAACAGAGACACAGUUUUUGGACACUGGGUUUAACAUUGGACUACAAAACASCUGAAUKUGCUGAUGUCAUGAUGGCUUGCACACUACCAGAGGUAGGGAGGGUGUUCUUUUCAUUGAAUGCUUAAUUUGGUCSUCAGUAAACACAGCGCUGAUCUGUAUUGCCAAAGAGUUCCAUUUUUUWUAUUGGUCCACAGAACAUUUGGGUGGAUUUUUGGUAAGUUAAAUCAGGCAUUUUGUGUCUCCUUCAGCAGUGUGAUCUUCCUAUGUUUACCAACGACCAAACAAAGCAUUCAAAGAAAAUAUCACCCUCCCCACAAUCAAUUAUGGGGGAGGUUUGACAAUACMGUGGGGUUAAUUUGCUGCUUCUGGGGGCCUUGYAUGUUUGCAAGAUAUUAUGAWGGUGUUUUGGUUCAACCCAGUGUCUCUGUUGAAGGUCAUUGGUCUUCCAGUAGGACAACGACCCCAAACACACAUAAAAAAGCACCCUGGAAUGCUUCAAGAAGAAGCYCUGGACUGUUCUGGAGUGGCCAAUGAAACUUAAGUUUACAAAAAUGACAUUGAUUCUGCAAUGUUGAAAAUCCAAUAAGGUGUGGUGACCAAAAGUUAGAUUAAAAAAAAGUAUAAUUUCAGUUUAUUUUAGAAUAAAUGGGGAAUUAUUUAAGAGCACACUCCAACUGUACUUAUAGACUGUGUGGUUAUUCCUGGAGMGAACUUGAGGAUACAGCAGGACAGUUAGAGUUCAGUCCAAUUCCUCCUCUUGUUUUGCAGAAAAUMGARACAACUGAGCAUCCUGAGGUAGUGGUUGUAAAAGAGGAGAAAUUGGAAGAGGAGCUGAGAGACUGUGGKUCAAAGCACAACCAGCAACCCAGGAGACUGAUUAGUGUGUCUCAGUCUCUUGUUGCUGUGAARGAUCAAAUCCUGAAUGCAGAAACUUCACCUGUGGAGGUAGCUGAGGAGAAGCGAGACUGCGACAACCAGAGGCUCCAACAGACCGCGAACGGACACAGCACGGCAAGCCAGCACACACACAGCUCGGACUGUGUGACAUAUCAGAGAGAGAGUCAUACAGCAGCUGGCCUCUCUCGCAUAGAGGAUGGCAGAGACAUGCUUGAUCCGUCUUGUUCUUAUUUGGUGGAAACUGACUCUACUAAGUCACUUGAUGCCCAMCCGCCCUUGACUCAGAGUGGAGUCACAACCUUYUGUGACAGUAUGGCUUCCUCUGCCUCACUGGGCUGGAAGCAGGAGGCCGGAGGAGUUGACACUCUUAAAAUGGAGGCAGGAAUGCCCUCUUGGACCAAAGGGAGGGAUAUUGGAAUGGGCCUGGCUGCUCAGUGUGGAGUUGACAUCCCUGGGAAAAACAGGGAGGGUGUUCAGCUGGGGAACGGCACAAACGUCUGUCCUCAGAGCAACGUUAACUUAAGGGAGAGCGAGUCAUCGGAAGGGCGCAAGUCCAGUGAACCGGAUGUAAAAGGAUUCGAUACCUCCUUAGACUAUUUUUUCUCUCCGUCAGAAAUGGCCGGGAUACAGACUCACCACCAAGYUGACGGCGCUGGAGGCGAGGAGCUGACCUCUUGUCCGUAUCCCGGRGACGAUGGUUUCGUCAGCCCUUCAAACUCGACACAAGGGGGCCUCCUCUUCUCAAACAGACUGGUCAACUGCCAGGAAUGUGGACGGCUGUUCUCCAACUCGCUAGACCUCGCACUGCACCAAAGAAUUCACAUGGGGGAGAAACUCUUCAGCCUUGCGCCCAGUGUGACAAGCAGUUCCUCCACCUGCACCAGCUCAAGACCCACCAGAGAAUACACACCAGGGAGAAACCAUUUAGCUGCUCCCAAUGCGGGAAGCGCUUCUCCCAGUCCAGCCACAUCAAGAGACACAUGAGUGUUCACACAGGAGAAAACGGUUUGGCUGCAGCGUAUGCGGCAAGAAGUUUUCACAAUCCUGUAGCCUCAAAGUGCACCAGAGCGUCCACACCGGAGAGAGACCGUUCAGCUGCACUCAGUGCGGAAGAGUUUCUCUGUGCUCGGGAACCUAAUGAGGCACCAGAGUGUCCACAGUAGAAAGCAGGAUUAAGUCUUGAAUAAUUAAUGGACACUGACUUCUGUUAUAUUGUGUUGGUAAAAUAUUAUGGAUUAAUGAUGAUUUGUACAUCGUGCACGGUAAACAUUGUUGUUUUGUGAUAAUAUCCUGACGUAAACUGUCUCUUGGUGUGAUUGAACAUAUUAAAACAUUACCCUGAAAAUGAA